AUGACGAUGACAUCUGCUUCCGUCCUGUGUGGUGCUGGGUAUGCACUGCUCGCCACCACCCUGCUGCUCCUUGCAACCAACCAGGCUGGCCCGGCCCAAGCUGUAAGCUGCGAUAAGGUGUACCGCUGCAAUGACACGGAAGCCAAUGGCUGCGUCGCCAUCACCAACUGCACUCAGACCAUCUUCAGCACCGGCAUGCAGGUCACUGUUGACUGCGACCGCGGUCUGCCGCUGGACGAGCGCGAUGAAGGCGGGCUCGACUUCUUCGCCAUGCGCUGGAAACAGGCGCUUCAGGAAGAUUGCCACAUCGGCAGGUUGUGUCGCUACAACGGCGACACGGCCGCAACCAUCCACGUGGUGAACGGAACAACUUUCCGCACGACGGUGCUGAGCUCCGGCGAAGUGGACAAGCUCGUGGAAUGCACAGCCAGCGCCAACUUCCGGUUCAACAGAUGCAGUGUGACAAGCGGCAUCUUUGCGGACUAUUCGCUGGACGCGUACACAGACUGCGUUGCGGUUGCCGGGCACCACACUGAGCUCGCCCUCAUCGAUUAUGGCAUCUGCUUGAGCGACUGCCCGGACAUUACGCCCGCAACGACAAGCGACGACGUGCUGUCGACUCUCAGAUGCUGGAAAAACUGCGCGUUCCUCACGGCCAAUGUGGACUGCGACGUCGAAGUGACCACGUCAACCACGCCCGUGCCCUAA